AAAUAAUCAAAGGAGCCGAUGAAAGGGCUCCGUAUUUUCUCCAAGUAUCUCCAUAAAAUUAUCGUACGUGUUUGCUGUCAGCACUCGGAGACUGAAGAUGGAGCUGAAACUGUGCCUCGGCACGGCAAUUUGGUGGAGCUAAGCCCGCCAUUUUCAUGACGCCUAUGAUCUCUACAUCUCGACCGAAGGCCGACGAAGAAAACAAACUUUAUAAACAUCAAACUCGAACGUCCUUCACACCACUAUCGAUUGACUGAUAUCUGCCAACAAUGUCUCCAACUCCUCAAUGGGUCAAGGACCUGAAGCCGUCCGCUCCACAGGGCACCGACCUCAUCAAAGCGGAGAGAGAGAAGUCCAAGAUCUCUGUUGAGAAGCUCUCGAACUUCCUCUUCACCAAAGAUGUUUUAGAGCGACAAGACAGGAUUCUAAAGAUUCUUGAGGCGGAGAAGGUCUUCGACAAGUCCCAGAAUUACUUUGAUGGCAGAGUGGACAAGUUCAAGACGGCAUUGGCCAGAGCGAAGAGGUUAAGGCAGUUGCAGGUCAAGCACAAUUGGAACAGGGAUGAUUAUAUGAUGGCCAAUGAUCUGAUCUCUGAGCCUGGGCCGUACGGAUUACAUGCUUCUAUGUACCUGACAACUUUGGAAGGACAGGGUACGCCAGAGCAGCAUAAGCUUUUCCUCGAACCUGCGCAGAAUUACAAGGCCAUUGGAUGCUACGCACAAACAGAAUUGGGACACGGAUCGAAUGUGCGAGGAUUGGAGACUACCGCGACCUGGAAUCCCGAGGACAAGACGUUCAUCCUCCACUCGCCUCAUCUUACUGCAUCAAAAUGGUGGAUUGGAUCUCUAGGACGUACAGCUAACCACGCCGUUGUUAUGGCCCAAUUAAUCAUUGCCGGAAAGCCAUACGGACCACAUCCAUUCGUAUGCCAGAUCAGGGACAUGAAGACCCAUGAACCUCUCGAAGGCGUUCAUGUGGGCGACAUUGGACCCAAGUUUGGAUACAACACCAUGGACAAUGGUUUCCUAUUGCUUAACCAUGUGAAGGUCCCACACAUCAACAUGCUUGCGAGGUUCUCCCGCGUCGACCCAGAAACCAACAAAUAUGUUAAGCCAUCUUCUCCUUCCCUGAUUUAUGGCACCUUGACCUGGGUGCGAUCUACCAUCGUGCUGCAAUCAGGAGGAGUUCUGGCCAGAGGUGUGACUAUCGCAACAAGAUACGCCGCUGUAAGACGUCAAUUCCAGGAUCGUGAUGCUCCAUCUGGUUCUCUGGGAGAGAAUCAAGUCCUAAACUACACCAUGGUGCAAUUCCGUCUCCUCCCUCUCUUGGCAGCUACCUUUGCUCUUCACUUCACUGGAAAGGCCAUGAUGGCAUUGUACCAGGAGAAUCAAAAGCAAAUGCAAGCAUCCGCGAGCACCGCAGAUACCAAUAGAGGAGCUGGGCCGGAAGAAACCCACUCAGGUAGCGACCUUCUCGCAGAUCUCCACGCUACAUCCUGUGGUCUGAAAGCUCUCGGCAGUACCACUGCUGCUGAAGGACUCGAAGUCUGCCGUAGAGCAUGCGGUGGCCACGGCUACAGCUCAUUCGGAGGCAUAGGCGCGUGGUAUGCGGAUUAUCUUCCUACGACUACAUGGGAAGGCGAUAAUUAUAUGUUGACUCAGCAAGUUGCUCGUUACCUGCUCAAAUCCGCCCGCGCUGUCCUCAAAGGGAACGCGCCAAACAACGAUACCACCCGCAUCUUCACCACCUUCCUCCAGAAGCAAGACAUGGGUGCUGCUCAUGAUGUUCUUGGCUCAGACAGUGACCUUGUCGCUGCUUUUGCUUGGCGAACAUCUUUCUUGACAUUUGAGGCGCUCAAACACCGCGAUGUGGAGAAGAAUUCCUGGAACUCGUUGUUAGUUGAUUUCUGGAGACUCAGUACCGCACACUCGCAGUACCUUGUCGUUAAGAACUUCUACGACGCCCUGCAGAGCGAAAGUCUCCGGUACGAGCUGGACGCCUCCACCAUCGACGUCCUCCAUAAGCUUUUCCGACUCUACGCACUGAGCACCCUCGAGAAGGAAGCCUCCGAAUUCUACUCCUCUUCAGCGGUCACCGUGCGCCAGAUCCAACUUGCUCGCACAAAGGCCGUCAUGAAGUUAUUGGAGGAUAUCAGACCACAUGCCUUGAGCUUGGUUGAUGCGUGGAGCUUCCCUGAUUGGCAGCUUGACUCCAGUUUGGGGAGAAAGGACGGAAAGGUGUAUGAGGAUAUGUUUUACAGAGCUAGCGAGCUGAAUCCGUUGAAUGGCUUGACGGUGGAUCCUUAUCCUGAAAGUGAUGUUUUGAUUAAGAAGGAUGAGACUGCUAAGUUCAAGAGCAAGUUGUAGGCAGCUGGUUUGCUUGUACAGUAUGACUUGUGAGUAUUUUUGGAAGUUUGGAAGACUAUGGAAUUGCACAGACCACGAUACUAUUAUAAUG